GAUGGGAUCUUAUUUGCUAACAAUGAGAAGGCAACUAUGCAGAACCUCAAUGACCGCCUGGCCUCCUACCUGGACAAGGUGCGGCUGCUGGAGGGAGACAACGCCGAGCUUGAGUGCAAGAUCAGGGAGUGGUAUGCCAAGGUAGGGCCCAGCUGCGAACCGCGGGACUACAGCUGCUUUCAUAAGGAGAUCGAAGACCUUCAGAACCAGAUCCUGUGCGCAGCCAUGGAGACUAACAAAAUCCUCUUGAAUAUUGAUAACAACAGGAUGACUGCUGAUGACUUCAGAGUGAAGUAUGAGGCCGAGUGCGGUCUCCGGCAGAAUGUGGACGCAGACAUCUGCAACCUGCGCCCAGUGCUGGACCAGCUGGCGAGCUGCAAGACCGAUCUGCAGCUGCAGUGUGAGGCCCUGACUGAAGAGAUGUGCUGCCUCAAGACAAACCACGAGGAGGAAAUGAGCUGUCUGAGGAAACAGGCCACUGGAGACGUGAGCGUGGAGGUCAAUGCCUGCCCUGGCCCCGACCUGAGGAAGAUCCUGGAGGAUCUGAGAUGCCAGUAUGAAACGCUGAUGGAGCGCAACCGCAAAGAGACUGAGCAGUGGUAUGCCUGCAAGGUGGAGGAGGUGAAUCUGGAGGUCAUCACAAGCAGCCAGGAGAUCGAGUCAAGCAACAAACAGGUCACGGAGCUCAGACGUCAGCUGCAGGCCUUGGAAAUCAAUGUACAAGCCCAGCUCACUAUGAAAGAAAACCUAGAAUCAUCCUUGGCAGAAACUGAAUGUCGCUACAACAAGUACCUGGCUGAGCUCCAGAACCAGAUCUCCUGUGUGGAGCAGCGGCUGGCUGAAAUACGAGCAGAAAUGGAGUGCCAGAAUCAGGAAUACAAGACCCUCCUGGAUGUCAAAUGCCGCUUGGAGCAGGAGAUCCAGACCUACCACUGCCUGCUGGAGGGGGGACAGCAUGACAUCAUCAAGCAAGGGGGGAGAGGGAAAAUAGUGGUCAGUCCCAGAGCAAGGGGGAAGCAAGAGCAAGGCAUGGUGUAG